AUGCUAAAAUCUGUUGUAACAUGUAUUCAUUUGAAUUUUAAUAUCUUAUAUUUUUCAGCAUCAUGUAAGGAUGUCAAUCGAAACAAACCCGGAAGACUAAAAUAUCAUCGGAAGCUAUUACCAGCAUAUGUUAACUUAAUGAGCCCUGAUAAAGACGGAUAUAAGGGUGCCGAAAAGGAUGAUAAGGCAAAUAAUCAUAACGACAACAAUAAUGGCAACAAUAAUGACAACAAUAAUAAUAGUGACAAUAAUGAUGAAAACAGUAAUAAUAGUGAAAAUCUCAGAACGUCAAAUUUACAAAAUAGUUCAUCAGUGGGGCAUUUAAACAACCACGAAGAUACAACGAAACCAUCCCAUUACUCUUACUUGAAAAAAAGCAACAUAUAUGCACCGGAUGCAAAGAAUAAUAAAAUGGAAGAUGAUAAUAAAAAAUUGCAUACUGUUUCAAAUUCCUUCAUUCAAAGUACUGUUGGAAACAACAUAAAUAAUAUAAUUAACCGUUUGCGUCAUGUCAGUGUCAUCGAUUACGAUAAUAAUAUAGUUUGUGUAAUCAGUCCAUAUCAUCCUAAAGAAUAUUACUUAACUGAAAUGAAAAAUAUUGCAUUACAGUACGGAGAAUUGGGGAAUUUCAUUAUAAGUGAUUAUAAUCCACAAAUACAACACAUUUCCCAAAUUGUACGGAAAAAUGUAGAUAUAUGUUCUAAUCAUUUAAAAGAAUUAUAUACUACAGUAUAUCGAUUAGAAAAUCCAGAAAGGCAUAAAUUCCAAAGAGCUCAUUAUUCCAAUGAAAGAAAUGAAUACCGAAAACGACUUGCGUCAUUUCAUGUCUGUUUAAGAUUAAUUCAUAGAAAAAAUUAUAGGGCAAUAACAUAUGCUGAGUUAAUAAUUCUCAAUACUCUAGAUUCCAUCAGCUGUAAUUGGGAUAACAAUUGUUCAACAAAUAUAUAUGCUAAUAUCCUUAAAACUUAUAUGUCAGAAAUUAGUAAUUUUGAAAAAAAAAAAAAAAAUGAUGCUAUAAAUAAAAUUAAUAAUAUAUAUAAAUCUGCUGUUGAUGCAAUAACGAAAAUAAAAUCAGAAUUAACACCAAGCGUUACUUCCGAUACAGCAGAUUUUGUAUUAGAUGAAAUUAAAUAUAUUAUAGAUAAAAUUAAUAUUCACUUAGAAAAAAUUAAAUACGGAUCCGAAUAUGUAAAAUAUAUUAAUUCAGAGAAAAUACCUCAACAAUAUAAAAAAGACGAUCUUAAGAGUCAUUAUGUUGUGUUAGUUACGCACUACUCUGCUUUUCUUUUCAGUACUAAACAUAUAAAUGUGUUGGAAGAUGUAUUCAAAAAUAAAGAACGAAUACUUUAUGAUGUUUUUGGAAAAAUAGAGAGCGCCUUGAGAAAUAAAUUAACUACUCUCAUUGAUUCUUCAUUCUCGGUAUCAACCUGUAAUUCCACCAUUUCUAUUUGUGAAGAAAUAAAAUCCGCAGAACCGUUGCUUGCUUCGAGUGCUAAACCGAUAGAACGACAUAGAAUUUACUCAAAUGCGGAAAUUAAAGAGGCUAAAAAGAAAUAUGAUGAAAAAAUAGUUAAAUUAGAACAAGCUAUAAGGAAGGCAGAAGGGUUUAUUAACCCUUUAAAGGAUAUAAUUCAAUUCAACAUAACACAAAAGGAGGCGAUGGAAAAUAGAAUAAAUCAAAUUCAAAAAGGUUUAAAUGCACUAGAGACAGACAGAAAGAUUUUAGAAAUAAUAGAUGCCAUAAACAAUCAAAAAUCACAGAUAUCUAAAAAUUCUAAGAAAAUAAAGGAUUCUUCUCGUACAGCUAAUGCUUUAAAAACUCAAGUUCAAACAUUAAAGAAAGAAAUUGAUGACGAUGUGAAACUACUAGUGCAACUAAUAGAAAAAGAAAAAAUAGCAGCAUUCUUGCGAGAAGAAAUAAAAUGA